AUGCUCUCCCGUGGCGUAUUACGAGCAACAGCCGUUAGUUUUCGCAGCAAUACGGCUUUAUCGCUGAAAACUAGAGCUUCUUUCCCCCUAGCCAUAGGCCAAUGUCAAAAGUCACUAUCGAGUCCGUUGCCCGAAGGACGAAGAUAUGUUUCGGUCUACGGUUAUACACAGGCCAAGGCAUUGAUAUACUCGCGAUAUGGCGAGCCACAGGAUGUUUUGCGACUUCACAACCAUUCAAUCUCACCCCCUCACGGCACAGAAGUUACUCUUCGUCUUCUCGCUGCGCCGUUGAAUCCAGCCGACGUGAACCAGAUCCAAGGCGUAUACCCAAGCAAACCACCGUUCCAGACAACACUUGGCACAGAAGAGCCAUCUGCCGUGGCUGGCAACGAGGGUGCUUUUGAGGUCAUUGCAACUGGCGCAGGUGUCAAGAAUAUCGCCAAGGGUGAUUGGGUUAUCAUGAAGCAGACUGGACAAGGGACAUGGAGGACUCACGCUCAGAUGGACGAGUCGAAGUUGAUUAAGAUUGAGAACAAGGAGGGUUUGAGCCCACUUCAGAUCGGCACAGUGAGUGUCAACCCUGUUACUGCGUACCGGAUGAUUAAGGACUUCUGUGACUGGGACUGGAUGCGUGCUGGCGAAGAGUGGAUCAUCCAGAACGGAGCCAACAGCGGAGUUGGCCGCGCUGCUAUCCAGCUCGCUCGCGAAUGGGGAAUUAAAACGCUGAAUGUUGUACGGGAGAGAAAGACCCCGGAAGAGACCGAGGCAAUAAAGAAUGAGCUCCGUGAGCUCGGUGCGACGGAAGUGGUCACCGAAUCUGAGUUAUUAUCGCGUGAAUUCAAAGGGAUGGUGCAUCAGUUUACCCGCCAAGGCAAGGAACCCAUCCGCUUGGCACUGAACUGCGUGGGAGGGAAGAGUGCGACUGCGCUUGCAAAGACACUGGCCCCAGGCUCGCACCUGGUGACUUAUGGUGCCAUGUCGAAGCAGCCAGUCGCACUGCCAUCUGGUCUUCUCAUAUUCAAGAAUCUAUCCUUCGAUGGUUUCUGGGUGAGCAAGUGGGGGGAUAAAAAUCCACAGCUCAAAGAAAACACUAUCAAUGAUGUCUUACAGCUGACCAGAGCGGGUAAAUUUAAAGAUAUUCCUGCCGAGGACAUCAAGUGGAAGUGGGAUACAGAUGGUUCGGAACUCGCGGCAGGUGUACAAGGAACCCUCAGCGGAUACCGGAGUGGUAAGGGCUUGUUCAAAUUCGAAGGCGGAGAUUAA